AUGUUCUGGCGAUUCGGCGGAUAUGCCAACAUUUCUACUAUCGAUACUCUGCUCGACAAAGAAGAUGUUACCCUAGAGCAAUUGUUGGAUGAGAGCGAUCUCAUACAAGAACUAAAACAACACAACUCAAAGUUGAUCGAAUACUUACGGGAAGAUAAAAUUCUAGCAAGGCUCCUGGAAUAUGUUGUGGCUCCUAAAUCGGGGACUAUCGCAUCAGAAGACGCUGGGGCAGAAUCGACGGAAAAGUCAGGCUCACCAAACUCAAAGGGCAAAACUCGAUCAUUCUCACUUUCUCGCCAGUCCUUUGAAGAUGCCGACGAAGAAAAAGAAAAGAAACGGACCCGCUAUGCUUACGUCGCAGCCGAAGUCCUAUCCUCAGACAACUGGUCAAUCUGUGAGGCUUUGAUGGAGAAUCAGCCUCUGUUGCGCAAGUUUUGGGAGUUCUUGAAACUUCCUGCGCCUUUGGAUCCUUUACAAGCCAGUUAUUUCACAAAAGUCAAUGAGGCUCUUUUAGAUAAAAAGACUGAGGAAAUGCUUGAUUUGCUCAAGUCAAUAGACGGCACAGUUAAGAGCAUGCUUCAGCAUGUAGAUUCUCCUAUGAUUAUGGAUCUUCUUUUGAAAAUAAUUAGUUUGGAGAAAGCGGAGGGAGGUGCAGGAAUUGUUGAUUGGCUGCAUUCGCAAGACUUGAUGCCAAUUCUUCUAUCUUUUCUAUCCUCCGAACACAGCUGGGCCACACAAACUUCGGCCGGUGACUUUCUCAAGGCGAUCAUCACUAUUUCAGCAAAUGCAUCACAAAACGAGCAGUCAUGCAUAGGGCCAAAUGAGCUCACUCGCCAACUUGUCUCUCAGCAAUGCAUUGAAAAGUUGAUCUCCGACAUGCUUAAGGGUGGAAAUCCGUUGACUGUUGGAGUUGGCAUCGUUAUUGAAGUUAUUCGAAAGAACAACUCCGAUUAUGAUCCAGAGGUUGGAGCUGAGGCAAAUGCAGUACCAUCCAGCCGCGAUCCUAUAUAUCUCGGAACCCUCUUACGCAUGUUUGCCAAACAUGUCCCCGACUUUAUGGAACUCAUCCUCAGUCCCAAUCAUACUGUUGGAGGAGGCGAUGGCCCUGUAACAAUUCAAAGAAAAGAGCUGAGUGCUGCUUUUGGUGGAAAAAUUGAGCCUCUCGGAUUUGACAGAUUUAAGACUUGCGAGCUCAUGGCUGAACUUUUGCACUGCAGCAACAUGGGCUUGCUGAAUGAAGUCGGCAGUGAAGAAUUUGUCAAGGCGCGCGAUGUGGAGAGAGAACGAUUGAAGGCCGAGGGUAAAUUGAACCCAUCGCCAAAUGCCCUAAUGUCCGAAGAUGACCUUACGAUGAAAUCCUCAACACAAACACGACUAGGUUCCCCAGAUGGUUCUAGGAAACUGGAGGUUCAAAAUGCCUCCGAUGAUGAUGGAUUUGAAGAAGUUACGCAUGCAACAGAACUUGGCGAUGACGCCAAGGACGAUUUUGAUGAGAAACAUGAACACGAAGAAUCUUUACUUACUUCCACCCAGCCGUCUGUUUCUUUCCUUGACAAGGAUGACGAGGAAUUCGUUGAUGAACCUUUAAGCUCGCCAAGACUACAACCGCUGUCCGAUGAGCAUACGUUACAAGAACCAGAGAUGACUGUCCUUCCUCUUUCUCCAACCAAGGAACUUUCUCAACAAGUUGGCUCUUUAGGCUUUACUGACGAGGAUACAACUAUGACCUCCCCUCCUCCCUCCAUCGACGCUACUAUUCUCGAUGAUACUGAAGACUCUUCUGAUGGUUCCCACAAACAUACCCCCGCUUCCUCAGAGGGCUCCCCUGAAAGCCAGAGCGUAGCUUUGGAACCACCUACUGAAUCUUCAGUGCCCACAGAAGAAGUUCCUCAUGCUGCAGAGGUCAUUCCACUUCCAGAAGAUACCCCCGCACCUUUGUUCUCCAAGAAAGCAGGAUCAACAGAAGCGACUAACGAUACAUCAGCCGCCGUUCCUGGGGAUGGUAACAUGAGUCUUGACAGCAUCGAUACUACUAUGCGCGAUGCUGGCGAAGGUAACAAUUCCGUACUGAUGGGUAACACGGGGGAGCCUUCUCAAGACCAAACUGUAGAGACUGCAGGUGCUCCUGUAGUUGGAGAUUAUCUCAAAAUGCAAUUUGUUGAACAUAAAGUUGUACCAACUAUCUUAGAUUUCUUCUUUCGAUUUCCUUGGAACAACUUCUUACAUAAUGUCGUAUAUGACGUUGUACAACAAGUAUUUAAUGGACCCAUGGAUCGUGGAUACAAUCGAUCACUUGCAAUCGACCUCUUCGAGACUGGAGACAUCACAAUGAGAAUCGUUGAUGGGCAAAAGAAGAGUGACGAGGCACAAGAAAAGAAUAAGAUGCGACUUGGUUACAUGGGCCAUCUUACACUCAUCGCCGAAGAGGUUGUUAAAUUUACAGAGCGACAUCCUCCCGAGCUCCUAUCGGACUCUGUGUUGGAGAGGGUCAUGAACGGUAAUUGGAUCCCAUAUGUGGAGGUCACUCUGGCAGAAACUCGGGAACGGGAUAAUGCAAUUCUCGGGGGAGUCAGACCAGAUAUGGCAGUUGGCCCACGACAAGCAGUCAUGAAUGCGGUAAACGCAGCCAAUAAUUUUGGAAACGCAUCGUCUGCUCUCGCCGACGCAGGCCUUAAUGGGUCGACAGGUCUCGACAGCAUUGAACUUGCUAACAACAAUGGGAAUGGCAACAACUUCAUCACUGGGGGUACAUUACUGAGCGGCUUUGGAAGUUCUAGUGAUGAAGAAGAUGAUGAAAUGGAAGAAGAUAAUGACGAGGAAGGAAAGAAUAGUGGUGGUACAUCGGCAGAAUUCUCUCGCUAUAUCACCACACCCUCAACUACAACAUCUACCUCGGAUCUCUCACCUCCUUCAGCACCACCGCCACCUCCACCCCCCCUCAAUAUCCCACCAAGCCGCGCUAGAAGACAAUUGGCUGCGAGAUUGGCGCUGCAUAGCAAGCAGAAAUUGGCGAAUGGGGAGAAAGUUGAAGGCGAGGAGAAGGAAUCAAAGGGAGUCAACCCCUUUCAGGUAGAGGGCGAAGAUGAUGAGGACGAGGAGGGAAGCAGUGAUGACGACGAAGGUGGGUUUGGUAGAAGUGGGUUUGAGGAUAGUUUUGACAAUGAUGAUGGGGUGGGGGUUAGUAUCACAAGGGAAGCGAAGAGGAGAACGAGUUUGGAGGAUGAGGAUGAGUAUGAUGGUAGGGCUGGUGGGAUUGGAGGAGUCGGGGCUGACGAUGAUGAGGUUGUGCAUGUGGGAAUGGUAGAGGAGGCGGGUGAAGGUGAAAUUGAGAGUGGAAGUGGAAGCGGGGGUGCGAGUAAAGGUCUAAAGGAAGACACGAGGUUAAAAGCCGAGGAAGUGGAUGAUGGAGAGUUAGUGCAUGUUCAGCAUGCGGAGAUGCAGGAAGAAAGUAAGAAAGAGUAG